AUGAAGACAAGACCUGCGGGGAUUGGCAAGGUCAAUGCCGACUGGAUGGGGUCACUGCCCUCCCAACUCAGUGCCAUGCCGCUCAAAUGCAUCGCUGUGCCAGGCUCUCAUGAUUCCUUUACUUUCUGGGUGGAUGUGCACGCUCCUGUGGGUCCUGAUCAGAAGGCUUAUGUCAAAUACCUGGCCACCUUAUUCAGUGUCCUGGCCAAGAAAGUCAUGGUCAAGUGGUCAAUGACACAGAAUCUGACAUUUAGGGAGCAGCUGGAUGCAGGAAUUCGUUAUUUUGACCUCAGGGUAUCUUCCAAGCCAGGCGAACCUGGAAAUGAGAUCUAUUUUAUCCACGGCCUCUUUGGACACAAGGUGAGAGACGGCCUGCUAGAAAUUAACUCCUUCCUCUGCAGGCACAAGAAAGAGGUGGUGUUUUUGGACUUCAAUCAUUACUAUGCAAUGGAGACAGAGCACCACGUCUACCUCAUCAGCAUGCUCCAGGAAGUGUUUGGGAGCAAGCUGUGCAGCAACUGUAAGGUGGAAAACGUCACUCUGGACUUCCUCUGGGAGAAGAAAUAUCAGGUUAUUGUUUUCUACCAUCACCCCUCAGCACAGGGUAUCCCGGUCAUGUGGCCUGGCUAUAAGAUCCCUGCUCCCUGGGCAAACACCACCGAUCCCAACAAGCUUAUACAGUUCCUCGAAACGACAAUGAAGGAAAGGGUCACGCAGGGGUCGUUCCAUGUGACCCAGGCCAUCCUCACGCCAAGAGCCAACACCGUGGCCAAAGGUUUGGUCUGGGGGCUUCGCAACUACCUGGUAGAAAGAAACCUGCCAGCCAUCAUGUCCUGGGUUGAGACGCAGAGACCAGGGAAGGGUGGAGUCAACAUCAUCACCUCGGACUUUGUGGAGCUCACCGACUUCGCCAACAUCGUCAUUAAACUGAACAACCUGCUGCUGUCGGAGCAGAAACGCAAACCAAGAUGA